AAAACUAUAAUGUUGUGAGUAACUAUUUAUUGUUAGUUUAAUAAAAAUCUUUGUAUAUUAGCAGCCACGUGUGUUAUAUUAUAGGUCUAUUUAUAUUUUUGUGUUUAUUAUUAUAUGAAUUGCAGUGAAACACAACAAAGCAGACGGCGCGUCACAUAUACCCAACUGCAAAAUUUAUGGGAAUUUCUUAAAGAUCAUAGGGAAAUUGCAGUUGGGUACAACAAGUCUGCUCAAGCCCGAGAACACUCGAAACAGAUGUGGUUAAGAGUUGCAUCUGUAUUGAAUUCUGUAGGUGAAGGCGCUGUUAAGUCUGGCCCCGAAUGGUCUAAGUAUUGGGUGGACCUCAAAGCUAAAAUAAAAAGAAAAAACCGCCUGAGGAGAGAUGCCUCGAGUCAGACAGGAGGAGGUCCAUCAAUUUAUGAAGAAUUGUCAGAAAUGGAUAUAAAGUUCCUGUCCAUUUUAGGAGCUGACUAUGGUUCUGGAUUACCUGGUGUACAAGUGCAACCAAUUCUGAUAGAAGAACCGCAACCUGCUGCUUACAAUCCUUCCCAACACAGCACCAGUGAAGGAAGAAGUGAGGAGGCAGUUUGGUUAAAUGUUGACUUAGAAGGAAAUAGUGAUCUUACUACUGCAGUAUCGGGACCUAGUGAUACUGGUACAAAUACCGAUAGUGGUACAACCCAGAUCAUAGAAGUACCAUCGAUAUCAUCAGCCCAUAUUAUGGUGACAGAAAGAAUAGAAUCACCAAGACCAUCAACAUCAUCCAUUGAUAUGCAGAGCAAUGUCCCAUCGGGCAUUACUCAAUUUGUUGAAGGAAGGGAAGUACCAAGAAGGAGGCGUCGAUUGCGACGACGUCACGUGUCCAUUGCAGAGGCAAGGGAGCAGUUGGUGGCAAUUUCCAGGUCACGAGCAGAAGCAGAGUUAGCCAACAGUCGUUCUAUAGAACAGGCUGUUGGUAUACUCAAAGAAAUGUUGGAUGUAAUGAAAAGGAUAUGCUCAAGAAAACAAUUUUAG